AUGGCAAAAAUUGAUCACUUGGAUAGGAAGAAUGAAACACGGGGUCCUGAUGAAAGAGAAAUAGUGGAAAGGAGAUUGCUACUUGAAGAAGUGCUGUUCGAGGAGGCAAUUUCUUGGAGACAAAAGAUGAAAACUCGAUGGGUGAAAGAGGGUGAUGCAAACACUAAGCUAUUUCAUAGCUUGGUUAGUAACAGAAAGAACACGAGUGUAAUAGGGAGGAUUGAAAGGGAGGAUGGGGAGGUAAUAAAUGACAGUGUAGAAGUGGUAGGGGAAAUAGUUGCUUUUUAUGCAAAUUUGUACAAAGAAGAGGAAAACACGAGAUGGUAUUUCGAGGGGAUUUAUUGGAAGCAGAGUCCUAGAGAGAAGGCAGCUUGGCUAGAGAGAGGGUUCAAGGAGGAAGAAAUCAAGGCGGCAGUGUUCUCUAGUGACAAGGAUAAAUCGUCGGGACCUGAUGGAUUUUCAAUGGGGUUUUAUAAAAAAUGUUGGGAAUUUUUGAAGGGCGAUUUGAAAAAGCUUUGGAAGAGACAAUCUUUACAAGCCAGUGCUUUUAUCCGGGGUAGAUGGAUUCUGGAUGGUGUCCUAGUUGCUAAUGAGAUAGUGGAGGAAUACAGAGUGGAAGGAAAGGAUGGGCUUGUUUUUAAAGUGGAUUUUGAGAAGGCAUAUGAUCACGUUAAGUGGAACUUCCUCAAGGUUGUUUUAGAGCUUCGAGGGGUUUAUGACAGUUUCCUCCUCACGUUGGUGGUUGAUGGACUUAGCAGAUUGAUGCAAUAUUGA